AUGAACAUCACUUCCGAGUGCGAACAACGUUCCUUUACAUUUCCCGACAUCUUGGCUCUUCGGUACCGCGAUUCGUUGGUAUACGUGCGACCGGCUCCCGACCACGAUAAAGCCGUUCAAUGUGCAAAAUACGCCUUUCAUGAACUGCAGGCCUUCGACAAUGAUCAAAUCUUCUUCUCUCUGACUGUGACGGUCGAAAGCAAGUACGAGACAGUCACGAUCACCCCGGCGGCUUGGCCUGCGGUCGUGUCAAAACUCACGCAGUUUGAAAUCUUGAACGUCUUCAUUGUCGGGCUGGAGGAAGAUACACCUCCGAUAUAUACAGAAACCUCACUCGCGGCGACUGCCACUAUCAAAAAACCUCGUUUUCCGUCUUUUGUUACGACCAUCCAAUCAUGGUUCCGCCGACAUUUCCAAUAA